AUCCGAGAUAAAGAAUAACAAAAAUAAAGAAUUAUCCAGUUUUCAUCUUGAAAGUUAAAGUUGUUUCUUGUAAGUGAUUUGUAAGCUUUAGAAUGGCGUCAGAGCAAGCAAGGAGGGAUAACAAGGUGACGGAGAGAGAAGUUAAGGUGGAGAAAGACAGAGUCCCGAAGAUGACGAGUCAUUUCGAGUCCAUGGCCGAUAAAGGCAAAGACUCCGAGAUGCAGAGGCAUCAAACAGAAGGUGGUGACACACAGUUCGUGUCGCUCUCAGACAAAGGGAGUAACAUGCCGGUUUCUGAUGAAGGAGAAGGGGAGACAAAGAUGAAGAGGACUCAGAUGCCUCACUCCGUUGGAAAAUUCGUGAUGAGCAGCGAAUCUGGGACGGGGAAGACGAAGGAUGAGAAAAAGGAGCAUGAGAAGGCUUCGCUAGAGGAUAUUCGUGGAUAUAGAGCCAAUGCUCAGCAGAAGUCGAUGGAUACGAUACGAGCAGCAGAGGAACGCUAUAACAAGGCCAAGGAGGGUUUGAGUCAUGGUGGGCAAGAAGCUCGUGGCAGAGGAGGUGAUGAAAAGGAGGGACAAUUAGGCCGGGACAGUGGUGUCCAUGUUUCUCACUUUAAGGGUGUUGGUAGUGGCGAAGGAGCUGCUGCUGUCUUCGGCCAUGAAGCUCGUGGCAGAGAAGGAGGAGAAAGAGAGGGUGGUGUCCAUGGUUUUCACGGGGAGAAAGCACGCCAUGCUGAUGUUUUGGCUGCCGGAGGUCAAGAGAUGAGAGAGCGUGAAGGUCAAGAAUCAGCCGGUGGUGGUGGCCGGAGUGCAACACAUACAGUGACUGAGAAAGGAAGGCAAGCUAAGGAAAGUGUUGGACAAGGUGCUCAGAAAGCGGGAAGCGCUGCAAGUGAGAAAACUCAGAGAGCUUCCGAUUACGUGACAGAGAAGGGAAGGGAAACUGGACAAGUGGCGGCUCAGAAAGGACAGGAGGCAAAGGAACAAGCUAUGAGAGCUAAAGAUUACAGUAUGGAGAAAGCUGGAGAAGCCAAAGACACGGCAGCCGAGAAAGCUAAGAGAGCUUCCGAGUAUGCGAUGGAAAAAGGAAGGGAAACGGGAAACACUGCCGCUGAACAGGCGGCGAGAGCGAAAGACUACACACUGCAGAAAGCACUUGAAGCAAAAGAGAUUGCGGCUGAGAAAGCUCAAAGAGCUUCCGAGUAUGUGACCGAAAAAGGAAAAGUAGCCGGAAACGUUGCAUCUCAGAAAGGACAAGAGGCAGCUUCAAUGACAGCAAAAGCAAAGGAUUACACUGUUCAGAAAGCAGGUGAAGCGGCUGGGUACGUUAAAGAAGCUACGGUGGAAGGAGGAAAAGGAGCGGCACAUUACGCCGGAGUUGCAGCUGAGAAAGCGGCGACGGCUGGGUGGACAGCGGCACAUUUCACUACAGAGAAAGUGGUGCAAGGGACGAAAGCGGUUGCUGGUACAGUGGAAGGAGCGGUGGGGUACGCAGGGCAUAAGGCGGUGGAAGUAGGAUCUAAGGCGGUGGAGUUGACUAAGGAAAAAGCUGCGGUGGCUGCUGAUACGGUGGUUGGGUAUACGGCUAGGAAGAAAGAAGAAGCUCAACACAGAGACCAAGAAAUGUACCAGGGAGGUGAGGAAGAGAAGCGCCCAGGGUUUGUCACAGAAGAAAGGAGAGGCUUUGGAGAAGAGUAUGGAGAACAACGAGGGAGUGAGAAAGAUGUCUACGGGUAUGGAGCAAAAGGAAUGUCCGGAGAAGCGAGGAGAGAUGUUGGGGAGGAGUAUGGAGGAGAAAGAGGGAGUGAGAAAGAUGUCUUCGGAUAUGGAACAAAAGGAAUGGUCGGAGAGGAAUACGGAGGAGGAAGAGGCAAUGAGAGAUAUGUCCAAGAAGAAGGUGUUGGAGCGGGAGGAGUGCUUGGGGCAAUCGGCGAGACUAUAGCUGAGAUUGCGCAGACGACGAAGAACAUAGUGAUUGGUGAUGAGCCUGGGAGGACACAUGAACGUGGAACUACUGAUCCUGAGUAUAUGAGACAACAACAUGGACAACGUUGAUGAAGAAAUGUUUUUGGGUUUCUUUUUGCUUUUCUUAAAAGGGUCUUUUGUUUUUUUUUUUGUAUGUUAAUAAAUCUCUGUUUCAAAGAGUUUUAUGGUAAAUAACAAAAACCUCUGUUUCUGUUUAAAGGUUUGAAGAAUAUAUCAGUGGUUGGUUCCU